AUGUGUCAUAUAGCCUACAGAUUUCAAUUAGCAGGAUAUCGCGAUGAAAUAGAAUAUUGCUCUGUUGGCGAUAAUUCAGAGGUUGAAAGAUGGCCCGAAUCUGGAUUUGUAAAGAAGCUACAGAGAAAAAAGGAUGGAUACUUUUAUUAUUUUAAUAGAAGUCGUGAAUGUGCAGACAAGGAUCUAUUUAAGAUAAAAUUAUUUGAGUAUUGA